GGUUAGUAUGCAUUGUUAGGUCUAUUGUGUAGCAUCACUUUGCUUGCAGCGCUGCUUUGGAUGGUGAAUUUUCCACAUCUCCUCCGUUUUUGGCAUCAUCUUCUCGCGCCAGCCAGCCAGCUAGCUAGCUAGCUAUUCGGUUAUGUUCGCUGUGUACACUUGUGUAGUAUAAUCAAUUGUCGGUGGGAAGAUUUUCACUUUCAGUCAUUUUUUGGCAAGUGAGAGCGAGCGAGAGAUGAUGAAACAAAUUUCAUUCGACAACAACGAUAAACAACACAAAAACCAACAAAACUAACACACAUUGUGUUGCUAGUAGUUCUAGUGUGUGCAUCGAGUUGACAAAGCAUUAUUACAUUGAAUCUCAUAUACAUACAUUUAAUGAAUAUUUUACAGCUCAACUAUUUGUGGCAUUUUCGAAGUAAUUUAAAGAGUUUUUGGAUGUGCAUGUGCGUGUGCUUUUCUGAGAGUGAAUAAAAAAGUGAUGUGAGAUAAGUACCCGCUCACGCGUGAAACUAGUCAACGCUUAAUUUGCCGCUCGAUUUGUAUUCGGUGUGUGUUUGUUAUUUGCGUAUGACCUUAGCAGAAAAACGAUUUGACACUUUUAAUAAGUUUCGCAAUAGAACUUUUUUUUUUGUGGCUAAUGAACAAGUGACACGUAUUCAGUGUAAAGAAAAAAAGCUGGAGAAAACCUGAGAAACUGAAACAUAAAACAAAAUCAAUUUUGUUAUUUUUUUAAAUUUCUAUCACUUUGGUUUGUUUUUAAAUCGUCGUGUUACUGUUGCCGCAGCACAGUUCAGCAGUACCAAGCAAAAAACAUAACAACAACACAUCAAUGAAAAAGAAAAGUGUUCAAAAUAAAUGUACAGAGUGAAAGAGAGUGAGAGAAGACAUUUCAAAUUUUUCACAUGGAACAAAGUGCAAAGUUGACAUUUUUCUAAGUUUUAUGGUGCUUCAGCUGCUUCAUUUUUUAUGUUGAGCUUUGCACACACACACACACACACACACACAGAGAGAGAGAGAGAGAGAGAGAGAGAGAGAGAAAAAAAAACCUAAAAAAAAUUCCCUCAAUACAAAAGCCAACGACGUCAAAGAUAUACACGCACAUCUCGAACGGAUAUAUCCACAAAAUAUACAUACAACACAUUGUGCGGGGGGAGUGUAAAACGAGAAGCAGAUAGACAAUCAAAAUUCCUCGAGAUAAGAGAAACGGGCAAACGAACGAAAAGAUAGAGAUUCUGUGUCCCAUCUGCUUGGUUGCUUGAUAUUUUUUAUUUGAUUUUUUGUCAGGAGUUGCACUUGUGUGUCGUUUUUCGGCCUGUUUCAUGCUGCUACGCACACGAGACAACGACGACGUCGACGACGACCAUCACCAUCACCACCACCACGGCGGAGAAUGAGUGAAUGAGUGAAAGCGAGCGAGCAAGCAAAUGAUGUAUACAUGUGCGAAAAACACCACGACAGUUAUUUCAUUUUUACAUUCAAUUGAAUCGUCAACAACAAAAAUAUAAAAGAAGCACACACAAGAAGAGACACGAAAUAAAUAAAGAGCAAGGAAAAGACAGCAUCAUUUUCGAAAGUGACUAUAGUAAUACGAAAAACGUCAGAAAAUAAACGACAACGACGACGACGAACGACAGCAGCAUCAGUAGCAGCAGCAGCAUCAUCAUCGACGUCGUCAACGACACGAACGACCAACAACAACAGCACACAACGAAAUAAAAACAGAAAAAUAAAGCAAAAUCAUCUAUUUUAUUUUAAAUUUGCUUAGGGAACAAAUAUGUGUAUAACAUUUGUAUAAAUCAUGGAACUUUCCGUCGCAGUCACAUUUAUGAUUUCCGUUGCAAUUGUUGGUGUUGUUUUUGGUCCAUCGUUAGCAUCAGAAUCCGAUCCAGUACAUCAGCCGAUAAGCAGUUUGGCCGAUACAUCGUACCCAAAGCAAAAUCAAUACUUUGAUUCAACGAAUAUGGCAUAUGUAUUAGAGUUAAGCAAUUCAAAGACCAAUCAAAAUGACGGUGGCGAUGGUGGUGGCGGUGGUGAUGGCGAUGACGAUGACGACGAUGAGGACGACAAUAGGAAUAGUAAUGAUAGCGAUAACAUUAGAAGUAACCAAAAAUAUGUGAACGUUUCGAGUAGAGACCGCAAUUUUUAUAAUAAUAACAAUAACCAAAAUAUCGGCGACGAUGCCGAUAAAAUGAAUAAUGCCCUGAAUCGGGGACCAUUUUUUGAUGUUAGCGCAUCAAAGAAUGUCACUGCGCUCGUAGGGAAAACAGCAAAUCUCAAUUGCCGGAUCAAAAACUUGGGGAACAAAACAGUAACUUGGAUACGGCACCGAGAUCUACAUUUACUUACCGUUGAUAAAACCACAUACACGUCAGACAACCGUUUUGUGUGUGUGAAUAAUAAACAAAUUGGCGAUUGGUCCCUGCAGAUCCGAAAUGUGAAUAAAAACGACUCAGACAUAUACGAGUGUCAGGUUUCGACGACGCCGCCCGUGGGAUUUUCAAUGAUUUUAUCAGUCGUUGAACCGGUGACGACGAUUCUGGGCGGGCAGGAUUUGUACAUCGACAUCCUAUCGACCAUUAAUCUAACUUGUAUUGUAAGGCAUUUACCUGAACCGCCAAGCGCUAUUUUAUGGAGCCAUAAAAAUCAGGAGAUUAAUUACGAUUCACCAAGAGGCGGUGUAUCAGUUAUAACCGAGAAAGGUGAAGUUACUACGUCGUAUCUCCUCAUACAAAAGGCGAGAAUAUCCGAUUCGGGGAAAUAUACUUGUAUGCCGACCCACGCAAAUCCAAGCACGGUCAACGUUCACGUUUUAAACGGUGAGGAACCAGCUGCCAUUUCUUUUUCCAUCCAACAGGGCGCUAAAACACACUUGCAAAGCACCAACAUCUUAAUUUUCAUUUUGACUUUCAUUGUUAUCGUGCAUUUGAACAGUGAUGCAGUCAUUUCAGCAUAAACAUCAAAUCCAAUCUGCUGCUGCUACACUGCGCUGCUGACAAAAUAUUAUGUGUUUCUUUAUGUUCUAUUUUGUUUUUUUUUGUCGUUGUUGUUCCUUUGUCUCGGGUAUGUUCGUUAUAACAUACAUACAUUUUUCGAUAGAGAGUCAAAUAUCUCGCAAUUCGGUUAUUUUUCUCUUACUCUUUCUCUCUCUCUCUCUCUCUGGUUUUUAUAAUAUUAUUUUUGGUGCUUACUCUUUUGCGAUUUUAUUUUCUUUCGGUCGAAAUUCUUUUGUGUUGAAAUCAUCAAGUCUGUUUCAAUCCGGUUUGGAUUUUAUUUGAAUAUAAUAUGCUACAUAAUUGACUAUACAAUAUAUACAUAUAGACAUGUACGGAAAUGACGAUGAGAGAAAGAAAAGCACAUAACAAUAAUACACACACUCAACAACAACAACAACAAAACACAAACGUUACCCUUUGUAAAGAUAUUUCUGUUUGUUUGUAGUGAAAAUGUUUUCCGUUGUUUUUCUUUGACUUUUUCUUCGUGAAUCCAAAACAACAACAAAAAAUAUGUUGAGAAAACGAAAAACCAAAAAAAAAUGAUAGAAAUACGCUUGGAAUGGCAUAUUCCAAACUGUUAUAAAUAAUACAUGUAUAAAUAUAUUUUGACUGUGAGGUAGUGUUUUUGUUUCAAAUCAAAUCUAUUAUAAUGUUGAGAACAGAAACCACAGCGAUUUACGCUGGAACUUGAAAAUUGAACAAAGAAAAAAAAAUUGUGAAACAAAAAAAAAUAAUCGAGAUUUAAUGAAACAAUUUUCAUUAGAUUAAACUAUUGUUUAUGAACACUUGGCAACCAUCAACAAAACAAAACCCAUUGUACACACAACAUUUGCUCCAUUUUGUUUCAAACCAUUCGAGCUUUCGAGUGAUAGAGACUAUCCAACGAUGCGAUCCAAAAUGAGCGAGAAAAAAAAGAAAAACAAAAUGUAAUUUUAGCUCAAGUGUGUACGAAAUUUUAUUCGAAAUACCGUUUGAUUGAAUAAUAAUGUGAACUAUGUCCAAUAUGAUUUACAAUAAUCAAUUUAAGUAUAUAAAUAUCGAAAGAUAAUUGAAAACCGAACGACAACCCAAUGAACACGGAGAAUAGAUAGAGAGAAAGAGAGAGAAUCAGAGAAAAUAAGGUAUUAUAUUUAGCUGUUGUGUGUGUGUAUCAAAUUGAAAGUCUAUCUAUUGUUAUACACAUUGAACCUCUCUAUUUGUCCGAAACCAUGAUCCGAUACACAUCUCAAUGCAAUACAAUAUACAACAUUAUCAAACUAAAUGUGAAAGACAAGUGUCAAAAAUACCUCGAAACCAUUUCUGGACACCAACACACAGUUGCACACUUGUGUGUUCAUCGGUGCUAUCAUAUCUCGACUAUUAGUCACUUAACUGGUUUCAAUCGAAGCGAAUUUGUCAACGUUAUUGCGAAUAAUUGUCACAAAAAUGGUUUAACAUCAAGACGAAUUGAUUUGCGUGUGUGUUUUUUGUUGUUUGUUUUCAAAUGCGAAUUCAAUUUCAGAUUUCGAAUGGGAAUGUGUUUUGAGGUAUUUUUGCGCGGCAAAAUUAGUUUCGUUAAAAGGGCACUUACGAGGAAAUUAAUCGAUUCCGUAUUGGAUAUAGAUGUUAUCGAUAGAUUGUACGGGUGAUAUAUCCCUAUAUCCGAAUUCAUCAAACAACCAACACCACCAAUGCUUUUGAAUCGAGCGUGUAUCACACAUUUUAUUGUGGCAAUCAAAACAGCUACCGGGGGAGGGUGACAUGUCUAUCAGAGCUAUAAAUGAUGACAAAGAGAAUUAUUCAGCUCACGCACUCUCUCACACCACUCUCAACUAUUUCACUCCAUCUCUAAAUCCGGCCUAAUAAUUAAUAUGUUUUAUCACAAUUUUGCCUAAUGAAAAACUAAUGAAUAUUUAUUUAUUAUUGUGAUUUCCUUCGAACACAAAAUGAAAUUAUUAUCAUCUAGUUUGGCCGUAUCCGGUCGUUGUGGUAAUUUUGCUUUUGGCAUCUUUGCUGACACCCGUGGGAAUACAUAAAAUGGUGUGUGUGUGUGUGUGUGUAUGAUGUUCUCUUUAGCAUCAUUGCAGCCAUAAGACAUUUGUUUCGCUAGAUUGAAUGUUAUUGAAUUCUAUAGAUAAAUAUACACGAACACACAAAAGGGACAAAUGAGAGAGCCGAAGCACACAAAACUGCUACUAUGAAUAUAAUAUUUGAGGAAAACACAGAGAAUAUAGAAGACAUUUCUUCCGCACUAUGGACCAACGCUCAUUCCGUUUAUGGAAAAUAUUUGCAUACAGUACCAAAAGUCUUCCUAACUAUCAUCAAUCAAACUACACACAAAAACACAACAACAACAACAAAUAAACAAACGAGAGAAGAAGAAGAAAAAUCAAGUUUUGCUUGGAUAAUUUCAUUAAUUUGUUGCAAAAUACAUCGAACGACCACUUUCCACUUUUCGAACUUAUUUCGCCUUUCACCCAGUUUUCGCAGUAACAAACAACAACAAUAAGAGAAUAAAAGUUUUUUGUUCGGUCUUCCUUUCAUCCAUAAUUUUGCGUUUUGUUCGUUCGUUCCAUUUGGCUGAAAUCAUCGCUUUUCCAAUACGAUCCAAAAUGCGAUAUAUUAUACUGGCCCAUACGGUAAAAAUCGUUAAGACGUUGUUUUGUUAUUUAAAUUCAAAUGGGGAUAACAAGUUAACACCAAAAAAGGUCUAUAGUGUACGGCAUAAACUUAACUAACAUAAUUUAGGCAAUCAAGAGGUCAUCGUGAGUCAGUUUCUGAGGUUUUUUUUCGUCAUCAUAAUUUCGUCGUUGAACAAUGAUACAAACACACCUAGCCAAAAUGAUAAGGAAGAUGAAGAAGAAGAAAUAGACAAAACCAACAAGUAAAUUUAAAUAUUUAAAAAAAAUACGUAGAAAAUAAAUGAAAUGAAAAACGAAAAUGAUGCAACAACACAACCAAAAAAAAUGAUAAAUACUUUGACAUAAUUUUUGGGCUCAUUCAUUCAAAACAAAACCAAAAAAAAACAUUUAGUUUCAAUUAAUUCUAACUACAUUCAAAUUCUAUGUCUUACAAUGUCACGUGUAAGCAAAAAAAGGGAAGCCAAUGAAAAGUAAAUAAAACGAAAUAAAAAUGGAUAUAGAUGAACUAUUUUAUGGGAGGUAUUUACAGUUCGUUCGCAAGUGUGUCCAACAUUAGCUGUAUCUCUCUAGGGAUUUGGUCCAAGCAUUGUAUCUUAACUUGGUUUUUUGUUUCGUUUUUCUUUCGUUUUUAUUUUUCUUAUCUUUUUUUCUUGCCCACUUUGCGAACCACUUACUUUAAAACAUUCGAAUAAGAGGACAGGCUAAAAAAAGGAAUGAAAAUGAUAAGUGAAGCAUGCAAUAAAGUACACAGUUACAGAAAAUCUGAA